CCGGAGGGAGGAGUCUGCGGGGUGGAUGCAGGAAUAAAAGAAAAAAAAAAGACCGCUAUAGCAAAUAAAGGCGGGCUUAACAAGCGAAAGGCUGAGUUAUUGAACUGGUGAACCGCAGCUGGGGCGUUCCAAAGGCUGUUUGACAGGGACUGUGCCGUGAUUGUCUACGAGGGGGACAUGGAGCGCUGGAAGGAUCGAGUGGCUCUAGUGACCGGAGCUUCUGCCGGUAUCGGGGCAGCUGUGGCCCGGGCACUUGUCCAGCAUGGCAUGAAAGUAGUGGGCUGUGCAAGGAGCGUGGAUAAGAUAGAGAAACUGGCAGCUGAAUGUCAGAGUGCUGGCUUCCCUGGCACAUUGAUCCCAUAUAAGUGUGAUGUGUCAAAUGAGGAGGAGAUCCUGUCCAUGUUCUCUGCAAUUAAAACAUUACAUCAAGGAGUUGAUGUGUGCAUAAACAAUGCAGGUUUAGCUCGGCCAGAACCUUUAUUGAAUGGAAAGACAGAGGGAUGGAGGACAAUGAUUGACGUUAAUGUCCUUGCAGUAAGCAUCUGCACUCGUGAGGCUUAUCAAUCCAUGAAGGAGAGGAACGUGGAUGAUGGUCACAUCAUAAACAUCAAUAGCAUGAGUGGACACAGAGUUCUUCCUAAUUCAGUAACGCACUUUUAUUCGGCAACUAAGUAUGCUGUCACUGCCAUGACAGAAGGCCUUAGACAAGAACUUCGAGAAGAACAGAGUCAUAUCAGAGCCACUAGUAUAUCACCAGGUCUGGUAGAAACUGGAUUUGCAUUUAAACUCCUUGACAAUGACCCGGAGAAAGCAGCUGCAACAUAUGAAAGUAUCAAGUGUCUGAAAGCUGAAGAUAUUGCUAACUCUGUGAUUUAUGUGCUCAGCGCUCCUCCACAUGUGCAGAUUGGAGAUAUUCAGAUGAGACCCACAGAGCAAGUAUCCUAGUGCCUGGCGUUAUGGCAUUGGUGUCAGAAAAGAAGGAACUGUCCAUUUUAUUUUCCUCUGCUGGCUGAUUGAAAUUUUAAUUAAAUCCAGAGGAUCUUAUUAAUUUUGCCUUUGGAGGUUUUUAUGAAAAAAGAAAAUGUGAAAACAUGAGUGUAUUUUCUUCUUUAUAGUUAACAUAGUUAACCAUCCUCUUUAGCAAAACAAUGCUUUCCAGGAUCUAUCAGUGUUUUUAUUUCAACCAACAUGUACUCAAUUAUUUUGUCGAAUAUGUGGCCAUAUAGCUAUUUUUUGGUUUUGGUAAUGCUUACUUUCCAAGUCACAUAGUAUAACAUAUGCGGAGUGCUUAAAUAAUUCUAAACAGGUUUCUAUAAUGCAUUUGUAAUUUGAAUAACAGACAAUGUGUUGAUUACGUUUUUAUAGCAAGGGUAUAUCUGAUAAAAAGGUGUUCAGUGCAGUUCGUCCUAUAUGUAGUGAUCCAAAAAGUUUGCGUGUGAAUUAGCUUUAUAGCUCAAAUUAUAAAACAUCAUUCAAUUGAUGUGUGAAACGUGCCAUUCAGGCCUUUUCACCAUCAGAAAAUAUGUAGUUAAAGAAAUUUAAAUCAUUCAAGAUGUUUUUUUUUUACAGUAUUAAAGUGCCAUGGAUCAUACACAAUUCUAGCCUCUACUCAAAGGACAAAAAAAAUCACAAACUGGCCUCUUUAAUAGUAGCUUUAAUCGUUGAAUUGACCAUCAUUGCUCAUCCUUUACUAGGUGUGGUGUCCAUUGGGCAUCCGCUAUUGUUCUUGAAAAUGUUUUGUGUUUAGUCAGUCCAUUCAUGUUUAUUCUGAGGCCAAAGAUUAACAAUGAUUUAUGUUUAUUCAGGUACAUUAAACUGGGUUUUGGAACUU